GUAUGGUUAGAGAACCUCGGGGUACUAGAGACGCUGGUCGGUAACCUGGUGGGCGGCGUGCUGGUGCCGGGCGCGGGUGGGCCGCAGGUGCGGUUCAGCAUCGGCGCCGGGGACCGACAGGCGCUGCAGCCGCCCGCCGCGCCGCCCAUGCCUGUCACACACACCGCUGUGUAUAUGCUGCUCAGGUUGCUAGGUAUCCACAACUCAGUAACACUCUGGUGCGCAGUGAUGAGCGAGCACAAAGUCCUGUUAGUCUCCCUCGCAGCUGCCCGCCUCGCUGCCGCGUGUCGAGCGCUCGCUGCCCUUAUGUUCCCGUUCCGAUAUGCACAUGUUUACAUUCCACUACUGCCUGCGGGGUUAGCAGAGGUCCUCGCGACACCAACGCCGUUCCUGAUCGGAGUGCAUUCUAGUUUGAAGGAAGAGGUUUCGGAACUGUUGGACGUUAUAGUAGCAGAUUUAGACGUAGGCUCCCUCCACAUCCCAGCCGGGGUGAACAUCCCCCGUCCAGAAGGGAAGCUCCUGUCCUCACUACAAGAAGCCCUAGCGCUGGUCCUGCAGCCGGAGCUCCGGUCCGCGGACUCGGCCUUCGCCCCACCACCGCCGGCGUCUUCGCCCCCGCACAUGUUGGAUAAGGAGAUCAGAGCUGUUUUUAUGAGGACUUUGGCGAAACUGUUGCAGGGUUACAGGCACUGCCUCACAAUCAUCCGUAUUCACCCGUCCCCCGUGCUAACUUUCCACAAGAUGGGUUUCCUAGGAGCCCGCGGUCUUUCUCAAUGUCAGUUUGCAGUCAGGCUGCUAGAUUCCAUGUUCUUUAAUGGCUUGGUGGCUGAAAGGGGACCACCUUGGAGGGCAACUGACAUAUGGGACGAGUUAGUGCAAAACCUUCCAGAACAACAGCGAUUAGAGUCUUUAAAUCCAGAGUUGGAGUUGCAGCAUUUACAAGACUUAGCAAUGCAGUUGCAUCUCAACGAAAAUCCAAAUCCACAGGCAUUCCAGCAGCGCAUCCUGCGUCCCCCGGAGGGAGCAUCCUCCCGCAUCCACCAGCCGCCGCUGCCGCCGCUCGACGCCGCCCGCGUCAGAGACGUCAUGCGGGAGGUGGCGCAGAGGAGUGCCAGCAACCCCAAGUAUGUGGAUGAUGUUCCCCUGUCAGGCUACCAGCAGCGCAUCCUGCGUCCCCCGGAGGGAGCAUCCUCCCGCAUCCACCAGCCGCCGCUGCCGCCGCUCGACGCCGCCCGCGUCAGAGACGUCAUGCGGGAGGUGGCGCAGAGGAGUGCCAGCAACCCCAAGUAUGUGGAUGAUGUUCCCCUGUCAGGCUACCAGCAGCGCAUCCUGCGUCCCCCGGAGGGAGCAUCCUCCCGCAUCCACCAGCCGCCGCUGCCGCCGCUCGACGCCGCCCGCGUCAGAGACGUCAUGCGGGAGGUGGCGCAGAGGAGUGCCAGCAACCCCAAGUAUGUGGAUGAUGUUCCCCUGUCAGGCUACCAGCAGCGCAUCCUGCGUCCCCGGAGGCAUCCUCCCGCAUCCACCAGCCGCCGCUGCCGCCGCUCGACGCCGCCCGCGUCAGAGACGUCAUGCUACCAGCAGCGCAUCCUGCGUCCCCGGAGGGCAUCCUCCCGCAUCCACCAGCCGCCGCUGCCGCCGCUCGACGCCGCCCGCGUCAGAGACGUCAUGCGGGAGGUGGCGCAGAGGAGUGCCAGCAACCCCAAGUAUGUGGAUGAUGUUCCCCUGUCAGGCUACCAGCAGCGCAUCCUGCGUCCCCCGGAGGGAGCAUCCUCCCGCAUCCACCAGCCGCCGCUGCCGCCGCUCGACGCCGCCCGCGUCAGAGACGUCAUGCGGGAGGUGGCGCAGAGGAGUGCCAGCAACCCCAAGUAUGUGGAUGAUGUUCCCCUGUCAGGCUACCAGCAGCGCAUCCUGCGUCCCCGGAGGGCAUCCUCCCGCAUCCACCAGCCGCCGCUGCCGCCGCUCGACGCCGCCCGCGUCAGAGACGUCAUGCGGGAGGUGGCGCAGAGGAGUGCCAGCAACCCCAAGUAUGUGGAUGAUGUUCCCCUGUCAGGCUACCAGCAGCGCAUCCUGCGUCCCCCGGAGGGAGCAUCCUCCCGCAUCCACCAGCCGCCGCUGCCGCCGCUCGACGCCGCCCGCGUCAGAGACGUCAUGCGGGAGGUGGCGCAGAGGAGUGCCAGCAACCCCAAGUAUGUGGAUGAUGUUCCCCUGUCAGGCUACCAGCAGCGCAUCCUGCGUCCCCCGGAGGGAGCAUCCUCCCGCAUCCACCAGCCGCCGCUGCCGCCGCUCGACGCCGCCCGCGUCAGAGACGUCAUGCGGGAGGUGGCGCAGAGGAGUGCCAGCAACCCCAAGUAUGUGGAUGAUGUUCCCCUGUCAGGCUACCAGCAGCGCAUCCUGCGUCCCCCGGAGGGAGCAUCCUCCCGCAUCCACCAGCCGCCGCUGCCGCCGCUCGACGCCGCCCGCGUCAGAGACGUCAUGCGGGAGGUGGCGCAGAGGAGUGCCAGCAACCCCAAGUAUGUGGAUGAUGUUCCCCUGUCAGGCUACCAGCAGCGCAUCCUGCGUCCCCGGAGAGCAUCCUCCCGCAUCCACCAGCCGCCGCUGCCGCCGCUCGACGCCGCCCGCGUCAGAGACGUCAUGCGGGAGGUGGCGCAGAGGAGUGCCAGCAACCCCAAGUAUGUGGAUGAUGUUCCCCUGUCAGGCUACCAGCAGCGCAUCCUGCGUCCCCCGGAGGGAGCAUCCUCCCGCAUCCACCAGCCGCCGCUGCCGCCGCUCGACGCCGCCCGCGUCAGAGACGUCAUGCGGGAGGUGGCGCAGAGGAGUGCCAGCAACCCCAAGUUGACAGCACUCCGUCCGCCACAAGCCCGCAUAGUGCCGCCGGCGGCGCCGCCCUCCGGCGCUUCCGACUACGGACACCUAUUGCUAACCAACUCAGCCAGGAGAUUAGAGGUUCUUCGGUCAUGCAUAGCAGCGAUAUUCGAGUGCCGCUACGCGGACGCGCGCAAGUCCCUCCCGGGCGUGGUGCGGGCGCUGCGGGCGGCGGGCGCCCGCGCCGCGCUGGUGCGGGACCUGGCGGCGCGGCUGCCCAGCAACAAGCAUCUGCUGCAGCACCAUCAGUUCGAGCUCGUCGUCAGGCUAAUGAACUGCGCCUUACAAUCAGCCACUGCGUUGGAUGAGCAUACCAUCGCGGCGGCCAUGUUGCCUCUUGCCACCGCUUACUGUAGAAAGCUCUGCACUGGGGUCAUACAAUAUGCUUAUAUGUGUAUACAGGAACACCCAGUAUGGACAAGCCAGCAGUUUUGGGAGGCGGCUUUCUACCAGGACGUACAAAGGGACAUCAAAGCUCUCUAUCUUCCCAACCCUUCACAUCACCAGAGAGUGCCAAGUCCUAGGGACGACGAAGAGUACAUAUCUUUAUUAAAAGCACAAGAACCGAGCGCGUUGGAGAUCGCCGCUGAACAAAUGAGAUUAUGGCCCAGCUUAUCACCAGAAAAACAACGCGAGCUUAUAGCAAGCGAAGAAUCAACACUAUACAGCCAAGCGAUUCACUAUGCGAACCGCAUGGUGUACCUUCUACUGCCGCUAGAGGGCGCCGGCAGACGAGCCGAUGUUAGAGGCGAGGAAACCGACAGGCAGAGCAAUAGUAUUACUAAUAGCAGGCUUAUAGCAAGCGAAGAGUCAACGUUAUACAGCCAAGCGAUUCACUACGCGAACCGCAUGGUGUACCUUCUACUGCCGCUAGAGGGCGCCGGCAGACGCGCCGAUGUUAGAGGCGAGGAAACCGACAGGCAGAGCAAUAGUAUUACUAAUAGUGUGGCGGAAUCGGAUAGCGUGGACGCGGAAUCAGGUUUCGAGGAGGCAGACCCUGGUGAGGCUGGCAACAACGUCAUCAAGAUGGUCUCCAGAUUCGUUGACAAGGUGUGCACAGAAGGAGGUGUUACGGCAGAACACGUGCGCUGCUUACAUCAGAUGAUCCCGGGCGUAGUACAUAUGCAUCUAGAAACGCUCGACGCAGUGGCACGGGAAAGUCGACGAUUACCACCCGUGCAGAAGCCUCGAAUAGUAGCACCAGCAUUAGUACCAGGAGAGACAGUAUCAGUGCCGGCGUUACGCGCGUACCUCGUGUGCGACGGACGCAGUACUGCGCUGUUACCCGCAGAGGGAGCCUUGUUCCUCACUAACUAUCGACUCGUGUUUAAGGGCACACCUACAGACCCUUACGCAUGCGAACAGACAGUGGUACGCUCGUUCCCGUUAUGUUCGCUGACGCGCGAGAAGGCAGUCCGCACACACUACCUCCCGCAUCUAGAACAAUCUCUACAAGAGGGCUUGCAGUUGAGAUCUGCUACAUUCCAGCUGAUUAAGGUGGCUUUAGACGAGGAGGUGAGCAGCGAGGCAGUAGAAGCAUUCCGCAAGCAGGUGGCUCGACUCCGUCACCCCGAGCACGUGCUGUUACACUUCGCGCUCGCGCCGCGCUCGCAGCCGCCGCCCAAACACUCGCAGCCUAAGCAUCAUACGCUCAAGGGUUUCGCCAAAAAAACCCUCCUAAAAACAGCCCGCCGCGCAGGCCUGAAACCCAAGCCGUCCAAACGUCAGAAGUACGUGCUGCCGUCAGCUGACGCGCGGUCGUUGACCUCGCCGCCGCUCAUGUCGUCGCUGUCGGCCGACACGCUGUCCUGUGAGUCGCUUUAUACAAUGGAAGAGCUAGAAUUAGGAGGCAGUGAGACAACAGAGAGUCCGGCGGCGCGUACACUAGAACGCGUACGGGAACGCGUGUACGCGAGGGACUGGGCGCGGCUGGGGCUGGCGCAGCCGCCCUUCAGGCUCGCACACGCCAACGCUGUCUACACCUUGUGUAGGAGACUUGUGCGUACAGUGGAACGCGUACGGGAACGCGUGUACGCGAGGGACUGGGCGCGGCUGGGGCUGGCGCAGCCGCCCUUCAGGCUCGCACACGCCAACGCUGUCUACACCUUGUGUAGGAGUUACCCAGCAGUAAUCCCAGUACCAGAGAGCUUCGGCGACGACUCGUUACGUCGCAUCUCUCGGUGCUACCGACAAGGACGACUGCCCGUCAUCACUUGGAGACAUCCGAGGACACAUGCUUUGUUGGCUAGAUCAGCAGCCCCCCACCACAAAGGCGUGAUGGGAAUGCUGAAGGCAAGUCACCAGACGCCCGGCAAUGCGCAAAGCGGUACCGAAACUACAUCCAGUUUAGAACAGGAACGUUACCUAGCAACGCUAGUGGCUUGCACCCCAGCGUCGCGUGGUGACCUGGAAGACUCGAGUUUGAGUCUAGACUCAUUACUGCUCUGCUGUGAGGAUCAACAGGCUACACAUACGCCGCUGUUGACUAAGGCUGCUGGGACUCUGGGCGUGUUGGGUCGCAACAGCGGCGGCAAGGGAGGCGCCAGCACCUCGUCCCGCCACUUCGGGCGCUGGGGGUCGCUCAAGGACCGGCGCCAGGCCUCGCACCUCGACCUGUACGCGCCCCGCCAGAGACUGUCCACUGCUGACGCGGACUCGGUAUGUGGCGAAGGCACGGGUCGGCGGGCGGCGCUGUACGUGGUGUGCGAGAAGGGCGGCGCGGCGCUGAGCUGCGCGGGCGCGGAGCUGGUGCCGGCCGAGUACCCCGACGCGCGCGCCACCAAGCACGCCUUCAAGAAGCUCAUGCGCGCCGCCGUGCCCUCCGCGCCCGCGGCCCCUGACCCGCCCGGCUUCCUCAGGUUAAUAGAAGAGUCAGGCUGGCUGUGGCAGCUGCGACAGUUAUUCCAGCUGUCUGGAGCUGUAGUGGAUUUACUAGACAUACAGGGAUCUUCCGUACUCCUGUCUUUGGAAGAUGGAUGGGACGCCACUACACAGAUAUCAUCACUCGCCCAGAUCUGCCUCGAACCUUACUACCGAACGUUAGAAGGUUUCCGUAUCCUCGUGGAGAAGGAGUGGCUGGCUCUAGGGCACAAGUUCCAGCAGCGCUCCAAUAUAGGAGCCACGCCGCAGCAGGGCUUCACGCCUACUUUCUUGAUGUUCCUCGAUGCUGUACAUCAGCUACAAAAACAAUUCCCCCUGGCCUUCGAGUUCAACGAGUACUACCUACGAUUUGUAGCUUACCACGCAGUAUCGUGUCGGUUCAGAACAUUCCUUCUAGACAAUGAGGCACAAAGAGCUGAGCUCGGGAUCACUGCUGCCGACGAUAGGCGAGCUGAUACUAACAGGAUGGUGUACUUGUACGAGGCGGGCGGCGAGGCGGGCGCGGGGUCGGAGGAGGAGGGCGCGGGCGGCAGCGCGGGCCGGGCGCCGUCGCUCGGACACUCGCUGUUCGACUACAUCGACCGACACCACCAGAAGUCGCCCAUCUUCUACAACUUCCUGUACACGCCUGAUCUGGAUAACCCUGUCCUCCGCCCAGUAUCCUCAAUCAGUGCCCUAGAAGUAUGGCAGUACUACACCAGCGAGGAGUUAUCACACGGAGCGCCUUACGACCUGGAAGUGUUAGCGCCGGCCGAGCCUGACCGGCAGCCGCAGCGGAGAGUUGUUACUGCUGGCUACGACAGCAUAGCCCGCAGCAUGCCGGACUCGUUCUCGGGCCUGCUGGAGCGCAUCCGCCAGCUGGAGCUGGAGCUGGGCCACCUGCCGCAGAAGUGGCGCGUGAGGUGGGACCAGCUCGAGCUGCCCAACACCUUGGAGCUGCAGCGCAACUCAUCAAUGUCGUCCGGCGUGGUCCGCCGAGCCACCCUGGCGUGGCACAAGCGCGGCACGCUGGAGGUGCUGGUGCGGGGCCGCCUGGCCGCCGCGCCCCCCCCGCCCGCGCCCGCGCACCGCUGGGCCCCCGCGCCCGCCGCCGCGCCCGCCCGCUGCGACCACUGCCAGGACCUGCUGUGGGGCCCGCUCAAGACUGGCGUCCGUUGCGUGGACUGCGGCGCGAUGUGCCACGAGCGCUGCGCGGAGUCGUGGGCGCCGCCCUGCACCAAGUACAAGGCGCCGCCGCCCCCAGACGCCGACCAGCACCGACCGCCGCUCUCCGCCGGAGUGUCAACACUGCAGUCGUCAUCGCAGCAGUAUUACGAGCAGUUCUCGUCGAACGUGGCGGAGAACAGGACGCACGAGGGACAUCUGUACAAGCGAGGCGCAUUGCUUAAAGGAUGGAAACAACGUUGGUUCGUGUUGGACUCCAUUAAACAUCAGCUGCGAUACUAUGACGCGAUGGAAGACUCGCAUUGCAAAGGAUUUAUAGAUCUAGCGGAGGUGAUCACGGUGACACAAGCGGCGCCCGCGCCGGGUCCGCCCAAGAAAUGUGACGAUAGAUCAUUCUUUGACUUACGUACAAGCAGACGUACAUACAACUUUUGCGCGAGCGACGCGAACGCUGCGCAGGAGUGGAUAGAGAAGUUGCAAGCUUGUCUACAGUGAACACUGCCCAAUGUCCCGACACUAGGGCUGACACUCCGACACACUUGUCGACAUCGACAAAAACUGAGGUAUAUCUGUCGAUAGAUAUAGCGCCAGUGACGAUGGCUCUCGAUACCGACGACUCGAUACAGCUUAUCGAUGAUUGAGACCUUAAUCCAUCAUGUCUAAGACUUGAUAUAAAUGUUAUUACAAGACUAUUAUUUUUGUUUUAUUAUAUAUUUAUUACUAUUAGAUAUUAUUGGUCACAAGAUUGUAACUUGUGGCUUUAGGCAAGGUUAUACACAGUUAUUAUCUCGGUUAUAUGAAGUUUAUCGCGCUAACCCGGAAGAAGCAAAAAGCUUUGAAAUGUUUAAACUUGGAUGUGUAGGGGCUUUGAUCUCGAUGCGGUAUUCAACAAGAACAUAUGGAAUUGUUUUUGUGAGAGCAAAAGUACUUAGUGAAAUGUUUGCAUUCUUAUAUUAUUUUUUUAUUGGUGCAUUUUGGUACAUAAGACUUUAUAGUACAUAGCUGAUUUAGCACGGUUGUUAUUCAUUCCCUUUUAAGUAAUAAUUCAUUUACAAAAAAUUACCCCCUUUUUUAUCGGGGGAUAAAAAAUUUUAAUAGUAAAAUACUCAAAAAAAUAUUCGGCCAAAAUAUUUUCUCACAAAAACAAUUCACCUAAACAUAGUAUAAUAUGAAAGUAUUUAUAAUAAUGAUUAAUAUUGAUAAUGAAUUAGUGUCGUACGUAUGUUUCCCGUUUGUAAAUAUAUCGAUGACUGUUGUGUAAAGUUCUGUUCCCGUAUGUUAUGUUGUUAGUUCACUUAGAUGUUAUAUUUGUAUUGCUUUUUUAUACAAGGGGCUCGAUUGGAACUUGGUGUUUUGUAAAAUCGAUUCUAUUUCCUUUGUAAUAAGACAGAUAUUCACUUGAAUGUAACGUCAUAAAUCCAAGUACAUUUUUUUACAUAGAAUUGCCAUAUACCGAAUAUAUGCGUACAGAAUAAAGUGCUAAAAAUAUCGAUAAACGCCAAGUUCUAAAGCUCGCGGAGCCACCCUCAUAUUAUUAUAGUUAUUAUAAAAUCGACGUACGAUGCGACAAAAGUUUGUUAAAGCAUUCGGUUUUACUCCUACAACUUAUCUCAAAAGUUCAUCAAAAACUUACAUGAGUAAUGUCGAUAAUGUUGACAAACUUUUGCUGCUUACCGUACACACAUUGAUAGACAAGUAGAACGCUAUAUUUAGUUCACAUAAUAUAAUAUUCCUUGUAAAGAGAUAUUAUUUAACGUUCAGGAAUCUCCACUGAGCCACAACUUGUUACAUACUCAUUUUUGUAUGAUUUGUAAAUAAGUACACGUUUUUUGUUUCACAUAUCAGGGGAGGGGGACAACCCCUAUUUAUGUACAUACAUACAUAUUAGCUCAUGUAAAUAUUAAUGUUAUUUUUUCUGUAAUUGCAUUUAAUAUCACGUGGUUAUGAAUGUGCGCGCAAGUUUUGGUCCCGUUUUGAUAUUGCAUCGAUACAUACAAGUCCUAAAAAUACAUAUCGGAAAGAAAAAUAAAAAACUGUUGUUCAAGAUUUUGUAUUUCAGAAAUUAAACUUACCACAAUCCUAUUCAAUAAAUUAAAUAUUUCCAAAUUGCCCUGUAUCGAUGCAACAAAGGAUCAAAUUUCAUAUAAAUAAGCGCAGAGAUUAUUUGUGCCAAAAAUGCACAAAGUGCACAGACGCGUUGCUCAGUUUGUCUUAACGUACGAUAAGUCGUACGACUUUGUCGCACGAUUUAGUCGCAGUACCGAUAUAAGCUUUACUGAGCGGCGUUAGCAAUAUAGUUUGCCUUACUUUGCGAAGUGUUAUUAACUGUUCUUUGGGCUAUAGACGACUAUGGAGUGGUUUACAAAUAACAUUUUAUUAUUUUCAAGUAUUGUCAUACAAGAAAAUAUUGAUUCGGUUAAUUAUCCUUUAUAGGAAAAUAUUUUUCAACUAUACCAUGUAUUAGAAAACGAAGCAUAAUUUUUAACCGACUACCAAAAAGGAGGUGUUUAUUAUAUUAUUGUAUCAAAAUGACUGAGUUACUGAAAACAGCCACUUCACAGUCGUCACAAGGACAGUAUGUAGUAGUGUUUAGCUUGGCUUAGACGGAUGUAACCUCGAGAUGUGAGCAUACAGCCUACUGCUGUACGUUACUGUUCGUAUGAAAAUAUACUGUAUUCAUGUAUAUUACUGCAUUUAUGUAUUGUUACGAAAAAAUAGUAUUUUAUAUAUUAUGACUGACAUUUUUCGUUUAUCGAAAAUUCCCAUUACACUGUAUGAUUUGGAAAGGAUUUUGGUGUUUGUAAAUGUGAUGUUUUUAGUGAAAAUGUACGGCAGUAGGCUAACAAUAAAUAUUGGACAGUGCACUUGCGUUCCAUCAAAUAAAGAGAUUUUUAAAAUUGUC